AUGAAGUCAGAAGACCAGCCAUUUCGUGCCAACAUCAGUGCCACCGGCACCACGCUUGCACCUGCCUACGACCUCUUGGCAGUAACAAAGAAUGCCGAACCAAAGCCUGUUCCUGGCGAAGACAGCCAUGGUUCGCCGGAUAAUAUCCAUGGCGUUGACGACAGACUUGCGGCCCAGGAUGCACUCACUGAUCCGAACAUCGUCGACUGGGACGGUCCAAAUGAUCCUGCCAACCCGCGAAAUUGGUCCAAAUCUGUCAAGAUCUUGAACGUUACUCUGAUCAGCCUCUCUGUGCUCUACACCUUCUCCAGCAAUAUUGCCACCACCAUGUUCGCGCCCGGUGCACAGGAACUGGCCGAGGAGUUCGGCAUCAAGAGCAGCGUCAUCGCGACUUUGACCGUCACCAUACCCUCCCUGGGCGCCUCCCUCGGCCCGACCCUACUCGCGCCACUAUCUGAGCUCGCCGGCCGCCUGCCAAUAUACUGGGCCAGCAGUGUCUUGUACAUAUGUUGUACAGUCGGCUGUGCGCGCAGCACCGACGCCGCCAUGUUCUUGGUGUUUCGCCUCCUCUGCGGCGCGUGCGGGGCCUCGUUCAUGACUUGUGGCGGCGGCACCAUUGCUGACCUGCUGCCCAAGGAGGAGCGCGGCGCUGCGACAGCGGUAUUCAGCGCCGGCCCGUUGUUAGGACCCGUCGUCGGUCCUAUCGUCGGCGGGUUUGUGGCGCAGGCUCUCGGUUGGCGGUGGACAUUCUAUCUAGUGCUUAUUCUAGCCGGCACUGUGACAGUUACUGCUCUUAUCACUAUGCGGGAAACAAACGCCGCUAUAAUUCUCAGACGAAAGGCAGCUCGUCUACGAAAGGAGACCGGGAACCAAGAUCUGCGGUCUGCGAACGAUAACAAGGUCAUGCGGAAGCAUCUCGUGGAGCGCGCGCUACUACGCCCCCUGCGAAUGCUUUUUUUCUCGCCCAUCGUCUUCCUUACAGGCUUGUACAUGGCCCUCACCUUUGGCAUGACGUACCUCCUCUUCGCGACGUUCCCCAGCGUAUUCCGCACCACGUAUGGCUGGAGUGUCGGUGUCUCUGGCCUUGCCUACUUAGGCCUGGGUUUCGGCUGCACCGUCGGCCUGCUGCUCUCUGCUAAGCUGAGCGACCGGCUACUGGGCGGCAACGGCGGGCCAGAGCGCCGUCUGAUAUUGAUGAUUUGGGUUGGUCCCGCCAUACCUGCUGGGACCUUCAUCUAUGGAUGGACGGCCGACUAUGGUGUGCACUGGAUUGUCCCCAUGAUUGGCACCGCGUUCGUGGGGCUGGGUGUCGUCGUUAUCACUGCUGCUUCUCAGCUAUAUAUGAUGGAUAUGUUUGGUCCGCAGGCAGCGGCAUCGGCCCUGGCUGCCACCACACUGAUCCGGAACGGCUCCGGAGCUUUCCUGGCCCUGGCUGCGGACCCGCUUUACAAAACCAUCGGCUUGGGCUGGGGAAAUAGUGUUUUGGGUUUCAUCCUGGCAGCUUUCUUGCCUGUACCGGUUGUGUUUUACAAGUGUGGGUUGUGGCUGCGAGAAAGGUUUGCUGUAGAUAUCUAA